CCAAACAAACCACCCAACCGCGCCUGGCUCCUGCCAAUUAUCCAUUGCUCACACCUUUCCCCUGCUUCAAUCUGCCAAGGCCCAUCCUUUCUCACCUCCUCCAAAAGGUUGCCCCGGUGCCCAGCGAGAAGAGGCGGAAGGGCCGUUCCCGGAAUUCCCAGCCCAGACUUGCGUGGAUCUGCCGGCGAUCCCUUCGCGGAGCCAUGGCGGCCGUCCUCGGAGAGGCUGCGGCUUGGGGUCUCCGGCACGGGGCCCUGAUGGAGGGCCUCCCCGAGGACCAGGAGUCCGACCGGGAGUGGGACGAUCUUAGCCCGGAGGCCGCCCGCCUGCGCUUCCGACAGCUGCGCUACCGGGAGCUGGCGGGGCCCCACGAGGCCCUGAGCCAGCUCCGCGUGCUCUGCUGUCAGUGGCUGAGGCCCGAGAAGCACACCAAGGCCGAGAUCCUGGAGCUGCUGGUCCUCGAGCAGUUCCUCACCAUCCUGCCCGGGAAGCUGCAGGCUUGCGUCCGGGAGCAGUGGCCCUUGAGCGGCGAGGAGGCGGUCGCCGUGGUGGAGGAUUUGCCCCAGAUCCUACAGGAGGAGGAUGACAUUGACGAUAUGGGCAGGUGUGGUCAAGUCUUCUGCCCAGAAGGAGCGGCAGAGUCUGGAUCUGGCUCGGGAAACAGUCCACAGUGGAGUGUUGGAUUUGAAUUCCAAGAACCUGGCCCCCUGGGGAGUCGAAUUCCGAGUCCCAGGCCGGAUGACGACACAGCCUUCGUGAAGCCGGAGGAAGAGCAGUGGGACUCGGAUCGUCCGGACUCCGAGAAGGAGGCGAGCCUGAUCAGCGUCCACUCGGGCUGGGACACGUGGAGCGGGGCGGAGGAGAGCCCGAAGCACGUCAUCUCGGAGGAGAUGGAAUUGCCCAGCAUGCUCUGGGGCAUGUUCGAAGGGGAUGCGCCCCAGCGUUCUGAGAAGGAAGCCGAGCGCGACAGAAAGAGCCGGUCCGAAAGGCCGUGGGGCGUGCUCCCGGCGGAGAAAUGGGAGAAGCUGCUUCAGGAAAGAGGCCCGGAGGACCAGCUAGCCCGCCCGACACCCCCGCCGGCCGAAAAACCGUUCGCCUGUCCCGAGUGCGGCAAGAGGUUCGCCAACACCUCCAACCUGCGAACCCACCAGCGGAUCCACAUGGGAGAGAGACCUUACAAGUGCUCCGAGUGCGGCCAGGGCUUCUCGCGCAGCUCCAACCUCAUCAGGCACCAGAAGACGCACCUGGAGGAGAAGAGCUACCGCUGUUCCAAGUGUCAGAGGAGCUUCGGCCAGCGGUCCGACCUGACCCUGCAUCAGCGCACCCACCUGAAGGAGAAACCGUUCAGCUGCGGCGUGUGUCAGAAGAGCUUCAGCCUGAGCUCGGCCCUGGCCAUGCAUCAGCGGACCCACACGGAUACCGCCCGCUACAUCUGCUACGAGUGCGGCAAGAGCUUCAACAACAGCUCCAGCUUCGGGGUGCACCACAGAACCCACACCGGAGAGAGGCCCUACAAGUGCAACGAGUGCGGGCGGGCCUUCAGCGACAUCUCCAACUUCGGGGCCCACCAGCGGACUCACACCGGGGAGAAGCCCUAUAAGUGCUCCGAGUGCGGGAAGCACUUCUCUCGGAGCUCCAACCUCAUCCGGCACCAGAGGACCCACUCGAGCGAGAGGCCCUACCGAUGUAAUAGAUGUGGGAAGAGCUUCACUCAGAGUUCCCACCUGAUGAAACACCAGCUCUCUCAUACGGGCGAGAAAUACUACAACUGUGCGGACUGCGGGAAAAGCUUCGGCAACAGUUCCAACUUCAUCAGGCACCAGAGGACCCACACGGGAGAGAAGCCCUAUAAAUGCCCGGACUGCGGGCGCUCGUUCAGUCAGAGCUCGGCACUUAUUACCCACCAGAGAACUCACACGGGCGAGAAACCUUACCAGUGCGGCGAGUGCGGCAAGACCUUCAGCCGCAGUUCGAACCUCACCACCCACGAGCGGACCCACCUGGGCGAGAAGCCGUACAAGUGCUGCGACUGCGGCAAGAGCUUCAGCCAGAGCUCCAGCCUGAUCGCCCACCAGGGCGUCCACACCGGAGAGAAGCCCUACGAAUGCCGGGAGUGCGGGGAGAGCUUCAGUUACAGCUCCAACUUCCUCAGGCACCAGAGAACGCACACGGGAGAGCGCCCGCACGGGUGCCCUCAGUGCGGCCGGAGGUUCAGCCGCGGCUCCCAGCUGGCUAUGCACCAGAGGACGCACACGGGCGAGAAACCCUACGAGUGCCUCCAGUGUGGUAAGAGCUUCAGCCGGGGCUCGUUCCUCGCCAUGCACCAGAGAGCCCACACCGGCGAGAGGCCCUAUAAGUGUUCGGUCUGUGGGAAAGGCUUCAGCUGGAGCUCCGUUCUUAUCAUACACCAGAGAACCCACACCGGAGAGAGGCCCUACAAAUGCCCCGCCUGUGGGAAAGGCUUCAGUAACAGCUCCAACCUCAUUACGCACCAAAAAACUCACACGCGGGAGAAAGCCUAUUAAAGGAGGCAGAGGGGCGCUGGGUUGGGAAUAGGAUUUUGCUGGGGAAAAGGAAUCCCGCAAGUAUCUCGAUGUGGAGGGAAACGGUUCCUGAACAGGGCCCUUCUAAGCGGCUUCAACCCACGUGCUAGGAUUUUCCCCCGACUCCCAUCUUGCUCAGGGAAGCGGUCUCCGAUUAGCCUGGGAAUGAAUGGCAGGAAACCAGGCUCCUGCAUCUGGCUGGACCAAUAACUUCCUUAAUUGUUAGUCCCUUCCUUUUCUGUCUCGGGUAUGUGGGGAGGAUGUACCCAUUCUCAACCAAUCUGGGUGUCUGGAAGAAGGAGAACCUGGCUGAGAAGUUUGGUGCUAAUAAAAGCCUGGCCCCGCUCUCCUCCCCACUCCCACCCUUUGAUUCUGUAGCACGUUCGUUUCCUUCCUUCCAACGUUUGACUCGGGGCCAGUCCCAGGCAAUGGAUAGGACCUGGCAAGUCGGGAAAAUCUCAGCAUGGGUAAUAAAUCAGCUAAAUCACACCCAGCCCACUUCAGAGGAAAACGUCUUCUGUUCGUCCAAUGGGUCUCGUUAACUGGCGUCAUAAGCAGUGUUAUUCCCCCUGCUCCCUUUGAGGUGUGAUGGCAUGAAGGGGAUUCAGCUCCGCAUUUCGGUCUUAAUGACUGAGGCUUGUGAAUAUUCGUAGUCCACUCGAUAGCCACCUGUGGUGAAAUGGUCCUAGUUAAGGAAGGAUAGUCUGUUAGUACUUAGAGAAUUCACGUGUAGAACAAAUUAGCUGGCGGGAAGGGAAGCCCGGUGGAUACUCCGUCACCUACUCUCCAGCAGGGAAAUGGAUGUUUCGGUCCCCGAUGGGUUUAUUAGAGGAAAAAGUUUGCGAUGUCAGAACGUGAUCACCAGCCGGGAGGAUAGAUGGUAAGGCAGGUGACCGUGAUAAUGUUCCUCCGAGAGUCCUGGGGUGCCAGUGCUGCUAGACCAGAUGGCAGGAUGGCACCGUUUAUGCUUUGGGGUUCUGCUCGAAAGUAGCUCAGAUGGGUGGAUGCAACUGCCACUUCCACCCUCCUGGAGGAAUGUGUGCCGUGACACUUCGGACAGACCCGUAGGCCUAUCAUCCUUUUAAGACCACGAUGUAUAUUCCUGCAUUUAUAAGUUCACAGUGUUAUAUAGACCAGAUGUAGUAUUCUUUCAAGUAGCCAGUAAUUAAGUGCCCCCCGCCCCCGUCCAGUCAUUUGAACAGUAUGAAUUUACAUUUAACACGGAAGAAGUAACUCGGACUCCAUCUGUAAGGUCAGGCCUCUGUCUUGGCAACGAGUAAUUCGACUAGGCCUUUCGAGAUGGAGUGCAGCGGGAUUGAAUUUCCGUCAGACAAGGGUUAAAGCGACUCCAAGAUUUGCCGUGGUAGGGGAAGUCCAGCUGUUCCUUGGGGGCAGGAAAUGCUGAAUGUGAUGCCAUCUGCUUCUCCUCAUGUGAAUCUGAGCUCAGAAUAAAUCUUACGGUGAAUAUAA